AUGUCAUUAUCAGGAAGAAACCAUAAAGCAGAACAAAUGUUUGCAGAAGCAAACACCCUCCAAAAUAAAUGGUCGUUCUUCAAUAAGGAAGCGAAUAUGACAGAUGCAGCUGAAUUAUUCAAUAAGGCUGCUAAUUUAUUUAAAGCUAGUGAAGAAUAUGAUAGAGCAGCAGAGGCAUAUGACCGUGCAUAUUUAUUAUCAACAAAAUUAGGAGAUAAUUCAAGUGCAAAUAAAGCAGCAUUAAAUAAAGCUUUAUGUUUAUCUAAAGGAGCACAUCCAGAAGACGCAAUUGCACCACUUGAAAAUGUUGUUGAGAAUUAUAUAACUAAUGGAUCAUUUUCACAAGCAGCAAAAACAGAGCAAGAGAUUGCAAAGUUAUAUGAAAGUAUGAAGAAAUAUGAUAAAGCUUCUGAAGCAUAUAAAACAGCAGCUGGGCAUUAUGAAAUGGAUAAUAGACCAGCAUCUGCAUUACCAUUUAAAAUUUCAGCAGCUAAACUUGAUGCAUUGAGUGGACAGUUAUUGAAUGCAUAUGAAACAUUUGAUAAGAUAGGGAUGGAUGCACUUAAUUCAGGAGCACUUCGAUUUGGAGCAAAAGAACAUUUUGUUAAUGCUAUUAUCUGCCAAAUUGCUAAUGAUGAUGAAAUUGGAGCAGAAAAAUCAGUUGAAAAAUAUAAAACAAUUGACCCAUCAAUUUCUUCAGAAAGGGAUUAUAAGACUAUGAGUGAUAUUAUUGAAUCAGUUAAACAAAUGGAUGCAGAGAAAUUUAAAGGAAUUAUAGGUGGAUAUGCUCAAAUGAAACAAGUUGAUGAAUUUAGAAAACAAAUGUUUGAUAUCAUUAAACAAAAAUUAGAGGAUAAUGCUAAUGCUGGAUUACUUUAA